UUGAAACAGGCCGCUCGUGCAAACCGGAAGCAACACGGGAAGUGACGUUCCUCGCCGCUCGACGCCAUAUUGAUCUCAGCUGAAACUCGGGAGGGUUCUUGAGAGGAAAUUUAAAACACACGGACAGCAUUUUCCUCUCCCAUCUACGGCGAAUGGACGCAAUGGCGAGCCCAGGCAAAGAAAACUAUCGAAUGAAGAGCUACAAGAAUAAAGCCCUGAACCCCCAAGAAAUGCGGAGACGGAGAGAGGAAGAAGGCAUACAGCUUCGCAAACAGAAGAGAGAGGAGCAGCUGUUUAAAAAGAGGAACGUUUGUGUACCACCUGGUGAUGAGUCCAUGCUAGAAUACCCCAUUCAGGACCCUGACAUCAGCUCCACUGUACCUGUAUCAGGUGACGGAGUAAUAACCCAAGAUAUGAUUCAAAUGAUCUUUUCUGAGGAUCCAGACCAGCAGUUAUUAGCAACUCAAAGAUUCAGAAAGCUACUAUCUAAAGAGCCCAAUCCUCCCAUUGAUGAGGUCAUCCACACACCUGGUGUUGUAAACAGAUUUGUUGAAUUUCUAAAAAGGAACGAUAACUGCACCCUGCAGUUUGAAGCCGCCUGGGCCCUGACCAACAUUGCAUCGGGGACCUUUUUACACACCAAGGUGGUCAUUGAGACCGGAGCUGUGCCUAUGUUCAUAGAGCUGCUCAACUCAGAGUAUGAGGAUGUUCAAGAGCAGGCAGUAUGGGCAUUAGGGAAUAUUGCCGGGGAUAAUGCAGAGUGCAGAGACUACGUCCUCAACUGUGGCAUCCUACCCUCUCUUCAGCAGUUGCUAGGGAAAUCAAAUCGGCUCACCACCACCCGGAACGCAGUGUGGGCGCUGUCCAACUUGUGCAGAGGGAAAAAUCCCCCUCCAGACUUUGCGAAGGUGUCACCCUGUUUGAGCGUGCUAUCCAGAUUGCUGUUCAGCAGUGAUCCUGAUGUUCUCGCAGAUGCUUGCUGGGCGCUUUCAUACCUGUCGGACGGACCCAACGAUAAAAUCCAGACAGUCAUCGACUCCGGCGUGUGCCGCAGGCUGGUUGAACUGCUCAUGCACAGUGAUUACAAGGUUGUGUCCCCUGCACUAAGAGCAGUGGGUAACAUUGUAACAGGAGAUGAUAUUCAGACCCAGGUGAUUCUUAACUGCUCCGCUCUGCCCUGCCUGCUUCACUUACUUAGCAGUCCAAAGGAGUCCAUCAGAAAAGAAGCCUGCUGGACCGUAUCCAACAUCACAGCUGGGAAUCGAGCGCAAAUCCAGGCAGUGAUCGAUGCUAACAUAUUCCCACUGCUAAUCGAGAUUUUGCAAAAGGCAGAGUUCCGAACCAGGAAGGAGGCAGCUUGGGCAAUUACAAACGCCACCUCUGGAGGCACACCAGAGCAGAUCAGGUACUUGGUAUCCCUGAACACCAUAAAGCCCAUGUGUGACUUGCUGACGGUGAUGGACUCCAAGAUUGUGCAGGUGGCUCUGAACGGCCUGGAGAACAUUCUCAGAUUAGGAGAACAAGAGGCCAAACAGAACGGAAGUGGGAUCAACCCGUACUGCGCCCUUAUUGAAGAAGCUUAUGGUUUGGACAAGAUUGAGUUUUUGCAGAGCCACGAGAACCAGGAGAUUUACCAGAAGGCCUUUGACCUGAUCGAGCACUACUUUGGGGUGGAGGAGGAAGACGCCAGCAUCGCUCCGCAAGUGGAUCAGAACCAGGGGCAGUACAUUUUUCAGCAGGCUGAGGCACCAAUGGAGGGUUUCCAGCUCUAACCCUUAUCCUGUGCUGCUGGCCAAGCUUUCAGGCCUUGUUUUCUCUAUCCAUCCUGCCUGGAGUCUCCUCCUCCUCUCUGUAGCGCAGGUUUUACUCCAGAAACAGGGCACCUUAUAGCUGCUCUCACCAGAAAUGAUGCCGACCCCAUCCAAAAAAUCUUCCAUUUACAACCUGCCCAUCUUCCAAGCUCCCUUGUUGUGUGAGAGGAUAUGAAGCGGAAAAUGGCAAAGCUCAGAGCAUUUAGUUUAAAAAACCUCCAGCUCUUCUUAUUCUUCUUGUUGUUAUUAUUAGACAUUGGCACUGGUGUUCUGUUAGGUAAUAUUUACUCCAUGUCCCUUCAGAAAUGUGAAGCUACCUCGUCAAUCGUGUGGGACAAGCGCCCAGCCUUCAGCUCUGACAUUUCUCUUCUCGUGUGGAGUAUACAUGCUUCUAUGCAAAUGGAUAUGUGUGGCAAAAACCACAAGGGUCUGAUGUGGUGUUUUGCGAGACAUAGAAUGUAUUUGGAUUGACAUGACUGCGUGCCAUCACACCUACUGCUUAUCCCAUGUUUGUUAACAAACAAGCAUGUAUCCUGAGGGCACUCCAUGCCUCUAGUACACUAUUUAUUUUCAUGUGACAUUUACUAGAAUAGCCGGACCUCUGAUACAGAAGAUACAGAAGUGUAUUUAUUGUGCUGUUUAAAGUAACUGGUCUGCAGGGUCCGGCUGUUCAGAAACCAGCGUGCAGACCGUUCCCCUGUCACCCGCUUUGCUGAUGCUGUUAAAGCGUCCCUGAAAACGUUGCAUGCAGUUAUUUAAGUGUGGUCACAUGAUCACCAAGAUUACAUAAGCAUAUCAUUGUCUUAUUGAAAAGUAUUUUGUUACAUCGGGUUGUUUCUGAUCAUACCAAAACAUGUUUGUUUUGCCACUGGUUUUAAUUUUGAUUUAUUUAAUGUUUGACAUUAUAGAAAAUGCUCAGAUUAAAUAGUAAUGUGUAUAUUAUAUAUACAUUCAAGACACAAGGAAAUGUUUUUGGAUGAGGGAUUUGAUGUCCCGUGAAAAAUACUUUUCAAAUAGUGGGGGAGCUGCGUUAUGUUGUUAAAUGUGAGCUUUUCCUAAUAUGGCCCCUACUUACAUUUCUUUUUUGCCUAAUUCUCGUAUGUUUAUUUUUUUAACGCCUCAAUUGAAUUUACCUGCAAGGAAUUGAAUUAACCUGUAUGGCAGAAAAUUGCAUCUGAAUUUGUGGCGAUUAUUCCUCGUUUCACCCAUACCUGUAAAUGUUUUACAUUGAUCCAGAUAAAUAAGAAUUAUAACAAUGGGAAGUUCAUAUAUUUACAAAACAUUGAGAAUGUCAAAUGAAACUUUAUUAAGCACAUUCAAUUGUGUAUAGUUUUGUAAUAUUUCUCAUGUUUGUACAAUGUUUUCUAAGUUUGGGUUGCUUUUUCGCAUUAGAGAAAAAUACAUUUGUGUUAUCAUUGGUACAAAUUUACAGUAUAGAGGAGGUCAUCGCUUUCCUCAAGGACAAAUGUUGAUAUUGUGUGAAGCCGUGUAGAAAAUAAACAGGCAAAUAAAAUGUUCUGUUACACAUUCAGA